AUGGAAACCUUUUGCCUCAAGGUGUCCUUCUGGGUAGCGCUGGUUGGAUGUGUGAUCAGUGAUAAUCCUGAAAGCUACAACACAAACCUAAGUACUCCAGUGGAUGAUUUCACCACUUUUCGUGGGACAGAGCUCAGCUUCCUCGUUACCACUCAUCGACCCACUAAUUUGGCCCUACCUAGCAAUGGCUCAAUGCACAGCUAUUGCCCACAGCAGACUAAGAUUACUUCAGCUUUCAAAUACAUUAACACUGUGAUAUCUUGUACUAUUUUCAUCGUGGGAAUGGUGGGGAACGCAACUCUGCUCAGGAUCAUUUACCAGAACAAGUGUAUGAGGAAUGGCCCCAACGCGCUGAUAGCCAGCCUUGCCCUUGGAGACCUUAUCUAUGUGGUCAUUGAUCUCCCUAUCAAUGUGUUUAAGCUGCUGGCUGGGCGCUGGCCUUUUGAUCACAAUGACUUUGGCGUAUUUCUUUGCAAGCUGUUCCCCUUUUUGCAGAAGUCCUCGGUGGGGAUCACCGUCCUCAAUCUCUGCGCUCUCAGUGUUGACAGGUACAGAGCAGUUGCCUCCUGGAGUCGUGUCCAGGGAAUUGGGAUUCCCUUGAUCACUGCCAUUGAGAUCGUCUCCAUCUGGAUCCUUUCUUUUAUCCUGGCUAUCCCUGAAGCUAUCGGCUUCGUCAUGGUGCCCUUUGAAUACAGGGGUGAACAGCACAAAACCUGUAUGCUCAAUGCCACAUCAAGAUUCAUGGAGUUUUACCAAGAUGUGAAAGACUGGUGGCUCUUCGGGUUCUAUUUCUGCAUGCCCUUGGUGUGCACUGCAAUUUUCUACACCCUCAUGACCUGUGAGAUGUUAAACAGAAGGAACGGAAGCUUGAGAAUUGCCCUCAGUGAACACCUUAAACAGCGUCGAGAAGUGGCAAAAACAGUUUUCUGCUUGGUGGUAAUUUUUGCUCUUUGCUGGUUCCCUCUUCACUUAAGCCGUAUUUUGAAGAAAACCGUGUAUGAUGAGAUGGACAAGAACCGAUGUGAAUUACUUAGUUUCUUGCUGCUCAUGGAUUACAUCGGUAUUAACUUGGCAACCAUGAAUUCAUGUAUAAACCCAAUAGCUCUAUACUUUGUGAGCAAGAAAUUUAAAAAUUGUUUCCAGUCUUGCCUCUGCUGCUGCUGUUACCAGUCCAAAAGUCUGAUGACUUCGGUCCCCAUGAAUGGAACAAGCAUACAAUGGAAGAACCACGAACAAAACAACCACAACACAGAGAGGAGCAGCCAUAAGGACAGUAUUAACUAA